AUGACGGACAUGACCACAAUCGCGACUCAACUUGCUCUCAUCAUGGAGUGCUUGCAGAGUUUGGAUGAAAUCAAGGAGAAGGUACAAGUCCUUACAGACAGAACCAAAACUCUGGAAGCAAUCGCUUCAGCUCAAUGCACGGACUCUGGACUUCAAAAGGGCAAAGCUACAGCAAGUAAUUUACAACAGGGACCGACAGUUAAAUUCUCCACGGAAGAGCUAUCCGAAGUUGAGGGUUUAAGUGCGACUAAGGGAAGCAGAAGAAGUACCUUGCCAACAGCACCAGAAGCAGGAACUUCAGCAAAAACUACUAAACACGUACCAGCCUUGGGUGGAGGGUUGAUAAGAGAUGAGCACAAGAUAGUUGUCUCGGGUAGACCAUGGCCCACAAGAGCUGUAGGGAGAGAGCGAGACCAGCGACACACUGAUGGUGGAGGGGAAUGGCAUGUGCAGCCAAUAGGUGCAGCAACUCACGAGAACCGGCCAAAUUACGCUGCGGGAGAUUUCCGAGUGCAGGAAGAAAGAACUUGGAAAGGAGGUUACGAGGCUCAUGAUGACAGAGAUUUUAGCCCUGAGCAGUGUGUCGUUCCAGCAGCAAGGAUAGAGUUCCCAUCGUAUGAUGGUACAACAAACGCUGUAGAGUGGCUACAGAAGUGUGAUGACUAUUUUGCAGAUCAGAGAGUCUUCAAUGAUGACGCCAAAAUCAGACAAGCAACAUUCGUCUUAACAGGGCAAGCCUAUCAUUGGAACAACAAUCUCCGACGACUAGUCACUAAUAAGUUAAGUUGGGGGGAGUUUAAAAGAAUUUGCAAAAGCCGUUUUGGCAGAGCAGACUCCGUCAAUCCAGUGAGGGAAUUGUCUAACCUAAGACACACAGGGACGGUCGAUGACUACUGUAACCAGUUUGAGGAGUGCUUAGGGCAACAAACCAGACUCACAGGAGAUCAACAACUAUGGUAG